AUGUCGUCCCAACCCCGACGUUAUCGGUCAUCGACCGCGGCAUCGGCUCCCACGACGUCAAAAUCUUUCGAAGUCUUGCGCAACCUCCUCGAUAGCUUUUCUAGUGCCGCCUCCUCGUACGCCGAGAACGGCUAUCCCGAUAUAAAUAGACUUGUCAAACCUUUGAGAGACAUAAACCAGCAUGUGUCCGCGUCAAAAUCGCCAGCUCUGCAAGAUGACUUUCGACAUGCCCGUGGUUUCGACGUCCUGCUCGAUGUUUUGCGCGCAUUUUCAGGCUUUUACGAUCCUCAGAAACGAAGCGAGCAAGAAAUGAUGUUGUUGUUUAGACUUUUGGGCGCUAUUCUCAAGGUACUUUCUUCGGCGUUGCGCAAUCAUUCUGGCAAUAGAAGGUUCUUUCGAUAUCGUGUUGCUGGCGGUGGAUGGGAGGCUCUUGAGCAAGCUAUUGCCAGUAUUGGCUUGGGAGGUGCUGAACCAGACCCAUGGGUUAGCUGCCAUAUCUUUGGAAAACUCCUCGCAUUUGCCCUUGAUGACGAAGCAUUGGAUCUACUUUGCCAGUCCAUUGCAAAGGCAUUACGCCCCGAUGCGGAAACGACACCACCAGACACCUCCGCCAAGGAUGAAGACCAAGAAAAGCUUCCGUCCGAGGAUGGUGAUGAGCAGUGGGACCUGGUUCUGGCUCGGUCGGUUGAGAAUAUUGGUCCUAGUGUACGAGAAAUCGUCAAACCUACGUCCGUAAUACGGUACCCUGAAAUCCUUCGAGCAGUUGUCAGCUUUUGGAUGGCUAUCCCUCGGUCGACAAACUCACCCGCCACACCGAGCUCUGUUUUUGUUCUCGAAACAAUCCUGUGUGCCAUUUCGGACUCAAUAUACAACCGAGCUGCAGUUCACUCAACUGGUGUCUUGUCACAAUUUCUCCAUGCAUCCUUUGGCGAAGGCGUGUGUCUGGCUCCUCCAGAGCGUGAACGACUGUUAGCUAUUUGCAAAUUGCUCAUGUUUCUCGGAGUCAACCAGCCUGCAGAUACACAGUUUCUGCUUUCUGCUCCUGGGUCCGCAGCUGCCGACUUUUGUCUGGAAAUGAUGUCUAAGUAUGCUGGCCCACCAUUCUUUCAAUUCGAUCUCUCUUUGCAUGGCCACUCAUCUCUUGAAUUAUCUACUCUUGGCCGGCCAUUUCCUCCCCAAUCGACAGCUGGCUACACUUUUACUGCCUGGAUACGCGUUGAAAAUUUUGAUCCGACAGCUCACACCACAUUAUUUGGUGUUUUUGACACAUCUCAGACAUGCUUUGUGCUCAUGUACCUUGAGCGUGACACCCACAACUUCAUUUUACAGACGUCAGUGUACUCAAACAAGCCCAGUGUGAGGUUCAAAUCUGUAUCCUUCUGUGAAAAGAGGUGGUACCAUAUCGCAAUUGUGCAUCGACGGCCGAAAACCAUGACGACGAGCAAGGCAUCCUUGUACGUCAAUGGAGAAUUCACAGAACAAAUUCGCUGCAACUAUCCUCUGACGCCACCUCUCUCCAAUGAUAAUAAUGAAAGCUUCGCAUCCUUCAACUCGAAUCACAACAAGACAAACCCAGUUCAAGCAUUUUUGGGAACUCCGCUGGAGUUAUCUGGCAAGGCCGGCCCAGGACGCGUACUUUCGAGAUGGUCGCUGGCGUCGGCACACCUGUUCGAAGAUGUUCUCAGUGAUGAUUACUUGGCUGUGCAUUAUGGACUGGGUCCAAGAUACCAAGGCAAUUACCAAGACAGCCUGGGCGGCUUCCAAACUUACGAAACGUCUGCUACGCUCGGCCUUCGCAAUGAAAUCACCCAUCCUGGGAAAGACGAAAACUCAGACAUUUUGCGCGCAGUUCGAGAUAAGGCUAGUACACUUCUUCCAGAGUCCAAAGUCAUGUUGAGCAUUCUCCCUUCCGCCACGUUCCCGGAAAACGUCCAGUAUCUGGAUACUGGCCUGCUGCGAUCUUUGCCACGCAUCUCAACGAGGAAUUUGUUCCGUAUAUCGAGUCAAGAAGGCGCGCCAUUGGCAAUUAAUUGCGCGGUGCCCAGCCUCCCAGACGCAUUGUUUAGGGCACAAGGCAUGGCGUCGUUCCGUGGGACUCCAAUUGUUGCUGUCCCAUCGUAUCUCGACGAGAAUCUCUGGAGGCUUGCUGGGUUUACUCCGCUGGCACUAAAAUUAUUAGAACGGGCGACCACGGUUGAUGAGACUGUCAGAGCUAUUGAGAUCAUGUUUCACUGUAUCCGCAAGAGUUGGCGGAACAGUGAAGCUAUGGAACGAGACAAUGGCUACGGUAUUCUUGGCAUGCUUCUGCGGUUCAAAAUCGGCUAUGGCACGCAAAUAGCAGGGGAACCUGCCGCAUCUCGAUUGUUAAUCUCGAAUGAGGACCGCGAUAGCCUGCUGUUUCGUAUUCUGAGCCUUGUCCUCGGCUUUGUGGGCUACAAUCAUGCGGAACCCAUUGAUUCUUUUAUUGUUAACCCAUUAGCGUACCGAAUCUUGCUCAUUGACCUCGAUAUUUGGAGGAAAUCAGCACCUCGUAUCCAAGAGCUCUACUAUAAACAAUUCCUGACAUUUGCGGUAAAUAGCAAGCAUCACGAAUUCAACAGUCGGCGCUUGACACGAAUGCGAAUUGUAAAGCGACUGCUAGACGCCAUGAAAGGCGAGGCGGUUUCUGAGGAUGUCGUGACUCACUUCAUGCUGGCCUUUGAUAUACUAGUCAAAUCGAAUCUAAGCCAGGAAGUUAUGCGAUCACUCUCCUUGUUCAUUACAUAUGCUUUCCACACUCCACCGGCAUCAAAUCCUCGCACUCCCAAAGCUUCAGCUUCCAUUUCCCGACCAACAACGCCAGGCGCUCUGAAGAAGAGCUUUGUGGACCCUUUGAGGGUGGCAACACCACUUGCUGGUACCAAAUUCCUGACUAGGCGACAGCUUGGUACACGGGUAUUGGCUAUGUACUCCCGCAUUCUAUGCGAAAAGGGAAACAUGAACCAUAUUAAGAAGUUUGCAAGAACUGUAACAAAUAAGUGGCUACUGUACCUCCUCGCCGACGAUGAUGCCGAAGUCGUCAUACAUGGCUGUAGAAUUUUGGCCAGACUUUUGGUUUCCCAUGGGUCCAGCUACACGUCAAAAUUUGCUGGGAAAUCUGGUGGAUUCAUAAUCAUGGCCAAUAAAUUGAAGCGAUUCUGGGCCAACCCCAAGUUAUGGCCAAUCUGCUUCAGCAUUUUAUUUGGCUAUGACGCUGCCAACAUCAGUAUGGAUCAAGGCAUUGACAAAACUUCGCUCCUUAAUCUUUUCUCGAAGCGAAAAGUAGCGUAUCCAGAGUCCCUUGUGAUUGUAACGUCAAUGCUUCAGCAUGGUCUGAAGGAUGUGAUGAAGCAGCAAGAUGAUGGUGAUUCACGGAAAAAGGAUAACGGUACCAAUGAAGCAGGAAGCCGAGUAUCAGACCCUUCAAUAGCAAUGGACUGCAAAGUUACCAACUUGGAUGAAACUGACAGCCCAAUGGCGGAACCACAAGUUUUGCUUGGGGUGCUGCAGUUUCUUCAGGAGCUACAUGAACGAUCCCCUGACUUUCGAGACUUUGCAAUCUCUUCCGACUGGAUGCGGAUGCUGCUCAAUGCGGUGUACCCGUGCAUCGUAAGCACCGAUGCGGUCACGCCAGAAGUUGAGCUAAACUCGCGAGAUUCGGCUCUCACGUUUGACGGCAGCGAUGUUAUCAUUUGCCCUAUGGGGCGAGGAUCUGCUCCGGCACCAAUCGUCAGAACCAGUAGUGUCGAUGUGUUGCCAUCGCCACAGUCGACUCCUCCCAAAGGUACACCACUGCGCCGCGCCUCAUCCUUUGUGCUGCUCACGGCUCAGCAAGCAAACCAAAGCCGCCAGCAAGAUUUGGAACGGCAUUCACAGCGACCAAAUGAAACGGCUGACGCUAACUCAGGCGUUCCUGCCCUAGAAGGGAUGCUGGAGCUUGUUCUCCAGGUGUUCUUGGACCAAGUCUGGAACAGAAAGGACUUUUCCGGAUUCGCCCUGUUCACAAAGGUUCCGCCGGGCUUCCAAGAGCAUCAGGCAUAUUUUGAAUCCUAUCUUUUGAAGAAGAUCUUGGGAAAAGCCAUGGACAGAAUACAUCUCAACCAAAAAUCACUGUGCGAGCCUCGUCUCUUAACCAAUAUCUCACGACUUUGCGCCCAAAUGUCGGAGGCAAUUUUUGAAGGCUGGUUCAUUGACGGGGCAGAGGUCAUGAUUGACUUCAUUGGCUCGAACCUCGAAUACUUACAACGGCCAGACGUUGCGAACCUCAAGAGCGUUCGCUUAUGUAGCCAGGCAGUGUCUACCAUCCGAAGCUGCCUGCUCAGAAUCAUUCUGCUGAAGCUGUCGGACUUGGAAAACGCUCGGGUCACUGAAAAAGAGGCCAAAGACUUUAUGAAUAAGCUGGGAUAUUGGCAAAUGUCUAUCCUUGAGUGUUUUGGUCAUGAUGACGAAUAUUUCAGAUUAUUUUGGUACCAGCUGUACAUGAAACUCAUUGAUGGCAAGACAGCCAUCAGAAUUGCAGCGGCCAACUUUCUCAGGAUUGUCAUGGUACAAAAGCCAUCAGAGUCGACGGCUCUUAUUCGAUCAUGCAUGACUCCGGACCAACGACAACUCUCGCAAGAUUUCCAGAAGCUCACAGAAGUGGAUGAUGAGACUUUUGUCCUCUGGGUGGACAAACACCGACCGUCACUCGACAAACUAUUCUUUGGGAACAUUGCUAAAACUUGGGAAGACUUUGUCAGUGUUGAGAAUCAACGAACUGGCGAUAGCGCCAGGGGUAGGCUUGCUAAGCGUAAGGAAAAACUGAAGUCUUGGCAUUCUGAAGGUGUUAACGCGGGAAAAACAAUUCUCAAUCACGAUAUUGGCAACACUGCCUGGAUGAAGAGCAUAUUUAAUUCCGAGUACUAUAAGUACCAAAGACUCCUGCAGGACCAGCAAGAUGACAUGGCCUAUUUAGGAGCUGCCUAUCGCAGGAUGGAGAAAGAUUUGAGACGUCCGGGUGCUGUCUUUAGCGAGCCUACCAUUUUGAAGUGGAAGCUUGAUAGAACUGAAGGCCGAAACCGAAUGAGGUUACGACUUCUGCCAGACUCCUCCGGGAUUGAUGAGAAGUAUCAAUCCAAGGGCAAAGCGAUGGAAGCCGCCUCUGUCCCCCUUCGUGUGAACACAACUGUUAACACCGCGGUGUCGGCCAAUACUACACCGAGCCGCACGUCGUCGUCUGCGAAUCUUACUAGUGGGAAUGACGACGUGGCACCUGUGGAAUCUGACUCUGCAUCAGGCAAGCAAGACCAAGGGUUGAUGACGGAGGACGAUUUUGAGCUCGUGGACGAUCCCAACGAACCAAUUGACGGAGAAGAUACAUUUGAAGACAAGAAUCGAAAGGUCAUGCGACGUCUAGAGCAUGGAGAUCAAGUUCAGGCGGCUUACAAUAUGUCUCGAAUCACCGGGUUGGAAGCUUGUGAAGGCAUUCUUAUCGUUGGUAAAGAUGCCUUGUACAUGAUGGACAAUGUCUUUCAGUGUGCCAGCGGAGACAUUGUCAAUGUUUGGCAAGCACCCCCAGAGGAGCGAGACCCCUUCACCAUGGUGGUUACCGGAACAAAGACACUUGAGAAACGCCAAAAUGCUGGCAUGCGUGAUCAAGAUUCACGUCAUUGGAAGUGGCAAGAUGUCAUCAGUUUCUCCAAGCGCCGCUUUCUAUUCCGAGAUGUUGCUAUUGAGAUAUUUUUCACUGACGGACGAAGUUAUCUGCUUACCAUGCUAAACUCUGGUGUUCGAGAUACAGUGUAUGGCAAGCUUCUUAACAAGGCGCCCCACACAAGCACGACUAAUGCUCUGCCAAAUCCUGAAGACGCUUGGAGGCUCGAAGGACUCAAGACUUUUGAUGAAUCUCCUCAGGGUUUUGGCGCAGGAUUAGGAUCGAGAAUCGGUACGCUCUUCAACUCUGCGCCAUCAAACCCGAUUGUGAAGCGCUGGCAGAGAGGAGAGGUUUCAAACUUUCAUUAUCUCAUGAUGGUGAAUACCAUGGCAGGUAGAACUUUCAACGACCUGACUCAAUAUCCGGUAUUUCCAUGGAUUCUCGCGGAUUAUACAAGCGAGGACCUCGAUCUCGAGGAUCCGGCAACAUUCCGCGACCUAUCCAAGCCCAUGGGUGCCCAGACUCAAGCCCGAGUUCCAGGAUUUGCCGAGACGUAUAGCGCUUUAAAGGAGAUUGGCCAGACCCCCUUCCACUAUGGUACACAUUAUUCAUCAGCCAUGAUAGUCAGCUCAUACCUGAUUCGAUUGCCGCCUUUUGUACAGUCCUAUCUCCUUGUUCAAGGAGACAGUUUUGACCACGCAGAUCGACUGUUCCAGUCCAUAGGCGACGCGUGGACCUCCGCAUCGUCAAAAAACAAAACUGAUGUCAGAGAGCUGAUUCCCGAAUUCUUCUGCCUACCUGAAUUCCUGACUAACAUUAAUGGCUACGAUUUCGGCCGAAAGCAAAGCACAGGGGCCAGAGUGGAUCAUGUCAAGCUCCCACCGUGGGCAAAGGGAGAUCCCAAGAUAUUCAUUGCAAAGCACCGAGAAGCGUUAGAGAGUCCAUAUGUGAGCGAAAACUUGCACCACUGGAUCGAUCUCGUCUUCGGGUGUAAACAAAGAGGAGAAGCCGCUGUGGAAAAUCUCAACGUGUUCCAUCACCUCUCCUACGGUGGCGCGAGUGACUUGGAUCGCAUUACUGACGCCAAUGAAAGAGCCAUCACAGCAGGUGUCAUUCACAAUUUCGGACAAACACCGCACCAAGUGUUUAACAAACCGCAUCCUGCGCGGGAGUAUACGCAAUGCCCAAUCAGACGGCUGGACACAUCCAUUUUCUCGUUGACGUGUCUUCCUCGGCCAUUGCUAGAGAGCCAUGAACGAGUUGCGUCUCUGAUAUAUGCCCCAAAACUCGAUCGGCUAUUAUGCGCGUCAGCGUUCCGUUUGAACUUUGCACCCUACGACAAGUUUCUGGAAUGGGGUUAUGCAGAUAGUAGUAUCCGGUUCUUUUUCAGCGACAACCGCAAGCCCGCGGGACUAUUCGAGAAUCUCCAUACCGGACAGAUUUCUUGCGCCUGCUUUGCAGACUCCAAGACUUUAAUCACUGCGGGCGAGGACUGCGUCGUGUCUGUCUACACGGUACACACAGCUCCAGGCAAACCCGUGGAACUUGUUCCGCGGUCCAGCGUGUUUGGGCACAAGACCCUGGUCACUGCUAUCGCUGUCAGCAAAGCCUUUAGUACAUUUGUUACGGCAUCUGCGGACGGACAAGCUUUCUUAUGGGACCUCAACCAACUCACAUUUAUCCGAAAACUCCCUCUUGUGCGGCUUGUGGAGUGCGCCGCCAUGAACAAUGUAUCUGGAGAAGUUUUGUUAUGCUCGGGACCGAACAUCCUCCUGUACACCCUGAAUGGUACACUCAUUCUGGACCAAAACGUUUGCACAGAGCAAGAUGACUAUGUGCAAUCUUGUGCAUUUUACGAAGGUGCCGGAAACGAGUGGCUUGAGAAUUGCUUAAUUUUUACUGGGCACAGUAGAGGUCGAGUCAAUGUUUGGAGGAAAUGUGUUCUAGGAGGUAAAUGGACUCUCGAGCUGCUCAGACGGUUGGACCAUGUCGACUUCAAGAGCGAUACACAGGACAAUACAGAUGCUGGGAUAACCUGUAUUGCUCCUAUGCCCACUUGUUUGUACACUGGAGAUGAAGAUGGUAGAGUGUUUGAAUGGAACUUUGGCCGGGGAGACAGAUAG